UUCACCAAACUGUUUGCUCACCAGCCUCCCCCACUUCAAACACUGCAGGCUCGUCUGAACCGGGACCGCAGAGCCCGGAGCGGUGGAUGGAUUUGAUUCAGUCCGGUGAACAUCCCAGCUAAGCGCUUUAUUUUACCUGAACCUGAACGCACCAGGCUCCGGCAAAAAUCUGCUUUAGAGACAUUUUUCCUCAGAGGAAAACGAGAGGAGCUGAUCACAGACAGACAAGAGGUUUCGGGUGGUGAGCCCAUGAAAACAGGAGAGGAGAGAAGAAAAAAAACCCCGAGGAGAGUCAACACUUCACCUGAGCGAAGACGAGCAACAAAGAGAUACGAAUGGGGCAGGGAGAGGCUUCAGCUCGAGGGACAACCAUGGAGGGGGACUGCCUCAGCUGCAUCAAGUACCUCAUGUUUGUCUUCAAUUUUCUUAUCUUCCUGGGGGGCUCCUUCCUCCUGGGAGUUGGGGUAUGGGUGCUGGUGGACCCCACAGGGUUCAGGGAAAUCGUAGCAGCCAACCCUUUACUUUUCACCGGUGUCUACAUCAUCCUGGGAAUGGGAGGGAUGCUCUUCCUUCUGGGUUUCCUGGGCUGCUGUGGAGCCAUUCGUGAAAACAAGUGUCUGCUCCUCUUUUUCUUCAUGCUCAUCCUCCUCAUCUUCUUAGCAGAGCUGGCUGCUGCCAUCCUGGCCUUCAUAUUCCGGGAGCAUCUGACCAGAGAGUAUUUCACCAAAGAGCUGAAGAGGCGCUACCAGGGCUACAACAACAGUGACGCCUUCACCACCACUUGGAACGCCAUCAUGACUACAUUUGACUGCUGUGGAGUGAACAGCCCAGAGGAUUUUAAGGACAGCCUGUUCAGGCUCAUCAACCAGAAUCAUGUGGUGCCAGAAGCCUGCUGCCAGCGUGCCAGUCAGAGCGCAGAGCUGGCGUACCCCAGCCAGGAGCAGUGCUUAUCAGGCAAUAUGAUGUUCCGAAAUAACAAGGGCUGUUACUCUGCGGUUGUCGACUACUUUGAGCUCUACAUCUACGUAGCUGGAGCCCUGGCUAUUGUGGUGCUAACAAUUGAGCUUUUUGCUAUGGUCUUUGCCAUGUGUCUCUUCAGGGGAAUCCAGUAGAAGUGCUCCAUUUGUGACCUUCUUUUUUCCUUAAAAAAAGGGAAUUCAAGAGAAAAAAAUGGACAUUUGUAAAUUUGUGGAUCUCGUUUUUUUAUUGUGUAAUUGGUUUAAAAAAAAGCUAACUUUUGUACAUCACAGCUGGACUUUUGAGGUACAAAGUGGCAAAAAAAUAAAUAAAUAAAUAAAAACAGAAAAUGCGUACAAAGCAUUGAGAUCUGAGACACGCCUGAUGUAAAAUGCAAAAAAAAAAAAAAAAAUCUGAUAAAAGAAAAAGAAAAAAAAGAUUUGUGUGCAAAAAGUGGAGAUAGCAAUUUAGUGGACCAGGUCUUACACAGACUGGGGGUAAUGUGCGCCACUGAGCAGAAGACACUGCACUGACCUUUGGAUGAAGAAUAUUUAUAUAUUGUUGGCUUAACUGUAAAAAAAACCUCUGUGUUUUAUGUAAACUCUGGCUGGUAACCUGUUCUCUUACUGUAUUCUGGAAGUAACUCCCUCCACAAGCUGAUUUUUUACUGACACACCUCUUGAAUGCUGUAUAAUGUAAGCUCUUUCUCUCUCUCUCUCUAUGUGCGUGCGUGCGUGCGUGCGUGCGUGUGUGUGUGUGUGUUUACACUCUUUAUAGAUGUGUGAUUUGAGAGCAUGUGAGCAAUCCCCGACCCCCAAGCAGCAAAAGUUCCUUUUCUCUUUGUAUGGUGGCUCUUUAAUGCAUCUGUGGUUAAAAAAAAUGUGGUUUUACGUGGUGACAUGUAAGCAUUUGUAUUAGAUUUUUUGAAAAAAAUUGUGACAUAAAUGACAUUUUAAAUGAC